AUGAAAACAGCUAUCAGAGACAAGAUUUUCGAGACCUCAGGCGUGGGACAGGCACCAAGCAAAGACUUCUUUCAUUUAACUGUGACGAGAGAAUCGAUUAUCUGGCGCUCGUGGAGAAUAACUUUAAGAAGUAACAAGUCCUUGCCGGGCGAAACGACUCACUCGUGGGAUGAGUUCGUUAAUAAUUCCAAAGGUACACGACUUCAGGGAGAAAUACGGCGAGUAUUUGGGGUCGAGACUUUAAAUAUUGUGCUCGCCAUGGUGACGCAAACCUGGUUACCUUAUUUGAAAAGCGAUAUUCUGACCGAAAUUCUUGUUCGACUCGAUCUUCGUGACAUCAUGCGGCUUGCGCAGGUAAGAUUCUUGAAAUUAUUAUAGUGACCAUGAAAUAAAGUGUCGUAUCAACCCAGGCCAACGUGAGACAAACAGACUUGCAGCCAAUAAGUAUGACAGAAACAAUUUAUGUAAAAUUUAGGUCGAUCAAACACCAUUCUCUUAGAUGAAUACAGCUAUCGAAUCAACAAAGCGGGAGAGGUUUGUAUCCUCCAGUAGCACCCAUGACACCGAAAAACAAUGUAAGAGAACCCUGAUAGCGUGAAAUUAAUAUUUAUAAUAUGUAGAAGCAAGCAUUAAAAGACGAAGUUUGGGAUUUCAUAUCAUUUCAGUGUUGUGUUUAUUUCUUGUUAGUAACUUUAGGAUGUCGAUGAAGUUCGUACCUUUCGUCUUAUUUCAGGAGUGAGUUUUAUUCUCGUUAAUAACAAUGAUAUUUUUCAAAACUUCUUUCUGAAAAAAAGCGAACAAAUAAACAUACGAACUCAAAUGUUGCAAAUGAGGUCUAGGUGGAUAAUUAAUGAGGUCUCGAUUUAAUAGUUUUUUUUUCAAAACCUUUUUGCUGCUGAAAACAAUUGUAAUUUCUAUUCAGCCGGUGUAAAAAGAUGAACCAUGUGAAAUUUCGCUCAUUAGGGUAAGGCCCGCGUUUUAAAUAUGUGGAUGACAGCCGACAAAUAUAACAGCUUUCCACAACUUCGAUGACCACAUAUCAAUUAAAAAUUUUAAUUAAAUUUUCAACAAUUUUCUGCCAGUUGUUUUUCCAUGGUGAGAAAACAGGAAUCAUCUUAUCAGCAAUUUGGCCGGCCUAUAAACAAAUAAAAGAAACAUCGCGGAAACAAAAAGCAAAUUUGUAGUUUUUUUCAUCAAUCCAAGGUACAUGAAAUACACAACUCAUUAAUUAUGAAAUAGAAGCCGACAAUUGUCCAAAUGGAAAUAGAAACUAAUUUUCUACGUGUUUUUCCCUUAAAGAAAUGCUUCAUUGUUCAAAAAUAUCUUAGAUUGCGGAACCAUUACAGACAUGACGGAACGCUCGUGUUUCGGAUAGUAGUUAACAUGAUACAGGAAGUGCGACCACGCCGAUGUAGGCCUGUGUUGAUAGGACUUUCUCCAUAUUUUGAAAACUCUUCAUAAUAUUUCUUUGUAGAUAUUCAGGGAGUUAUUCAUUGUUAAAAGUAUUACGAUAUUUACAUGUCAAAUUCUAUUUUGGUAAUGCCCUUAGGUAUACCGGUACAAUACGCGUUUUCGUUUUCUGAACAUAUCCUUAUAAUAUGCCCUGCCUAUGGUAAAAACUUAAGUUUCAGGAAAAAAAAUUGUGUAGAAAUAGACAAUUGCUGGGAAAUUGAUAUUAAACUUGCCUUGUAUUGAUGCGUUGUAACUCAUGCUCAAUGGUUGUCCAAUAUUGCAAUGCUUGCCUAACUUUCACAAAAAGGAUUGAUUUGUCAUAAUGCUGAUAAUGUGCUAACUUUGUCACCUAAUGAAACGAAAGAAAGAAAAAAAUGAAAGGCGGGUUAAUUUAGUCUUGUGUGUUUUAAGUGUUAGAUGAUGUUUUGAUAAUGUCGUUAUUCAUAUUAAUCAGGCGAUUGAGGUCACCUAUUUCUGUCAUUUCUGGUUUUGGUGCAUCCGGUACGUAACAUGGUCGUGGCCGGUGGAAAAACCGUCACGUUUUUGUCCGGAAGCUGUUGUUUCGUUAUUUUUCACCAAUCAGAAUGCUGCGUUCGUGGGCGAAAAAAAGGAUGAAAAGAAACAUCCUUGCAGGCCCACAUUAUCAGUGCUAGACCCAUUGGCUGAUCCCUCCCCGACUCGUCUCAAAUCUUCGCGUGGGCCGAGAAACACUUAACCUGAAGUUCUAGAAGCAUAAAACUCAAGCUAGCAACAUACAACACUGUGGAGCCAAUUUAUGAAUUUGUCCCUAAUUUGUGCAACAAAAUCUCGCCUCCGCCAUCAGAUUCGCAUAAAAUAAAGAAGAAACAUUUAAAAGAUAACGAACAGGAGCGAAGCCGGGAUUUUAUAAAAGAGAGGGGAGGAGGGAAAGGGCGGGGAAGAGAGGGGGAGGGUUCCCGUUUAGAGUUUCGACCUUCCUUUUGUAAAUUGGCUUAUACCGCUGCUCUUCCUUGUGUACCAGCGGGCUCGUAUUCAUGCAGCGAUAUGGCGUCCGAGUUACAUUCUCCCUUAAGAGUUUCGUUGAAUUCGAAUUUUCGUAACUCGUUUGGUUAUGCUUUUCAUAUAUUUGUGUGCAUUUUUUCAGUUGAACCACACCUUCAUACACAUUUGUAUGGUUAAAUAAAUAUUGCGGCUUCGAGUCUGUAGCAUUUUCCUGAAAUAGUUAUACUUCAUAGCUGAUUCUAUCUGACGUAUGUUACCUCGUUGCAGGUUUGCCGAGCUUUGUAUAACGCUUGUGCCAGUGACAUUUUAUGGCAAAAGCUUUACGUAAAAUACUUCGUGAUCGUUCCAUCAGACGUACGGUCUGUGGCUGAAGAGUUCGGAUGGAACAAGGCUUUUGUCGUAAAUCUGCAGAAACCAGUUCAAACGGCCAGAGCGUUAAGAAAAGUUCACACAAAACUGCAAGAGGAAAGUUCGAGGAAAACGCCACAAGAAGAAGGAAAGAGGGUGGGGCCACUAAUGUCUAAUUAA